AUGCCCGUGGUUAACGUCGACGAUCUAGUUCGCCUCCAGCGAAAGCCUGAGGACAUUCGAAACGACCAUGGAAAAACUUCAUUGACAGACAGUCUGAUUGCCACAAAUGGCAUUAUCUCGCCUAAGCUGGCGGGUAAGAUCCGCUACCUGGACUCUCGUCCAGACGAGCAGUUGCGAGGUAUUACUAUGGAGUCUUCGGCCAUCUCUCUUUUCUUCUCCAUGCUCCGUCGCCCCAGCCCAGAGGCUGCGCCUGUACCAAAGGAGUACCUGAUUAACCUGAUCGACUCUCCGGGUCACAUCGAUUUCAGCAGUGAGGUAUCUACGGCAUCACGACUCUGUGAUGGAGCCGUUGUUCUGGUUGAUGCUGUUGAGGGAGUAUGCAGUCAGACCGUGACGGUGUUGCGGCAGACUUGGGUCGAAAAGCUGAAACCGAUCCUUGUUAUUAAUAAGAUGGAUCGAUUGAUCACGGAACUCAUGAUGAGCCCAAGCGAGGCCUACUCGCAUCUCAGCAGACUAUUGGAACAGAUCAAUGCCGUCAUUGGUAGUUUCUACCAGGGUGAGCGUAUGGAGGAUGAUCUCCAAUGGAGAGAACGCAUGGAAGACCGCGCCAAUACUUCCUCUGCCAAGGAAAAAUCCAAAUCCAAAAUUGUGGACGAUGAGUUGGCCCAGAGUGUGAGCGAGUUCACCGAUUUUGAGGAGCGUGACGAUGAAGAUCUCUAUUUCGCCCCUGAGAAGAACAAUGUCAUCUUUUGCAGUGCAGUUGAUGGCUGGGCUUUCACAAUCAGGCAGUUUGCUGCGAUCUACGAGAAGAAGCUUGGAAUCAAACGCACAGUCUUGGAGAAGGUUCUAUGGGGUGACUAUUAUCUGGACCCGAAGACUAAGCGUGUCCUGGGUCAAAAGCAUCUGAAAGGCAGACCCCUGAAGCCUAUGUUCGUACAGUUGGUACUCGACAGUGUCUGGGCCGCAUACGCUGCCACGACUGGUGGUGAUAAAGGGAAAGGUGAUCCGGUGUUGCUUGAAAAGAUCACGAAAUCUCUGAAUAUCAACAUUCCACCAUACGUUCUGCGCUCUCGUGAUCCGAAAAAUAUCAUGACCACCUUGUUUUCACAGUGGCUACCAUUGUCAACAGCUGUUCUCGUGUCAGUGAUUGAAUACCUUCCGAGCCCACCUUCUGCGCAAGCUGCUAGGCUUCCGGAUUUGAUCGAAUCAUCCCCAGGAUCAAAGUUUGUCUCAGAAGAGAUCAAACAAGCUAUGAUCAAGUUCAAGACAGAACCUAAGGAGCCUGUCGUUGCAUAUGUCAGCAAGAUGACCGCUAUCCCGGAGAGUGAGCUAUCCGCAAGCAACAAGCGUAGCGGUGGGACUAUGACUGCAGACGAGGCCAGAGAAAUUGCUCGACGUAAGCGAGAAGAGAUUGCAAAAAUGCAAGCAGAAGCUGGCGCAGGGCAAGGAGACGAAUUCUCGCGAAUGCAUUCCGCUUUUGAGUCCACGACUCUGAUAAGAGAAACCGAGGAACCUGAGCAGGCGGAUGAAAAAGAAGAUCCUGAACAUCUUAUCGGAUUUGCGCGCUUGUUCUCGGGGACUUUGUCUGUGGGAGAUGAGAUCUAUUUCUCACCCGCAAGCCCGCACGAGAGUCCAGAGCCGAGAAAGGUUACAGUCACCGACCUGUAUCUGCUUAUGGGCAGAAGUCUGGAACCUCUCAAGUCGGUUCCUGCAGGUGUUGUGUUCGGAAUUGGUGGUCUUGCUGGCUACGUUCUCAAGACCGGAACCCUCUGCAGUCAGGUCGAGGGAAGCAUCAACUUGGCUGGUAUUUCAUUGAGCACACCACCUAUCGUUCGUGUUGCACUUGAGCCAGCAAACCCCGCAGACCUUGGAAAGAUGGUGACCGGUCUGCGUAUGCUUGAGCAGAGCGAUCCUUGUGCACUGUACGAGGUGCUUCCCAGCGGUGAACAUGUCAUCGUUACUGCUGGUGAACUGCAUUUAGAGCGCUGCGUCAAGGAUCUCACUGAGCGCUUCGCUCGCUGUGAAAUCCAAACUGGUGAGGCCAUCGUCCCCUAUCGGGAGACGAUUGUGGAAUCCCCAGAAAUGGCUGCUCCCAAGGACCCCGAAAUGGGCCGCGGAGGCGUUUGUAUGGUAUCCGGCUCCAAGCAAAUGACCAUUCGCUUGAGAGUCGUGCCUUUGCCAGAGGCUGUGACGGAUUUCCUCACCAAACAGGUCGGCACUAUCAAGAAGCUCCAAUCCGACAAGCGAUCUGCUACUGAAGGCGCAGCUGAAAAUGGCCAGCCCACUGAGAUUGUGGCUACUGACGCGGCUGAUGAGGCUCGCGAAGGUAGCAUUCUUUCAUUGAAUGAAUUCCGAACGGAGUUGCAGAGGAUAUACAAAGAGGCAGGUGAGAUCGAGAAGCUUGGACAUGAUCUUGUUGAUAAAAUCAUUUCCUUUGGGCCUCGGAGAAUCGGUCCCAACAUUCUCAUUGAUGCCACAUCAGUCAACACCUGCGAUAAAUUCCUUGUCGACGAGCCUAAACACAAUGCCAAUGUGGCCAAUGAUCUGCAGGCUCACCUUGUUCGCGAUCUCUGCGACAAGAUCGCAUAUUCUUUCCAGCUGGCCACCGGCCAAGGACCACUCUGUCAGGAGCCGAUUCAAGGCAUUGCGGUUUUCCUGGAAGACAUUACUGUGCAGGCCAAUUCAAACGACGAGCUUGAUAUGGGUCGUCUAACUGGAGACGCAAUCCGACUUGUCCGUGAAGGAAUUUCGCAAGGCUUCCUAGACUGGAGCCCACGUAUCAUGCUUGCGAUGUACAGUAGUGAGAUUCAAGCAACGACCGAAGUCUUGGGCCGUGUCUACGGUGUCAUCACUCGUCGCCGUGGCCGUAUAAUUUCCGAGCUCAUGAAAGAAGGCACCCCAUUCUUCACAAUCAUGGCCCUUCUCCCUGUUGCCGAAUCAUUCGGUUUUGCCGAGGAGAUUCGCAAGCGGACAUCCGGUGCAGCACAGCCGCAAUUGAUCUUCGCAGGCUUUGAGGCUUUGGACGAAGAUCCUUUCUGGGUCCCCGCCACCGAAGAAGAGCUAGAGGAUCUGGGUGAACUGGCUGAUAAAGAGAAUGUUGCGAAGAGGUAUAUGGAUGCAGUGCGCAGCCGGAAGGGUUUGGUUGUGCAGGGUCGGAAGUUGAUUGAUGCUGAGAAGCAGAAGACACUAAAGAAGUAA